CUAUAAUUAUCAUCAUAAAAAAUUAAGACAUUAAAAAAAGAAGCAGAAUGUCUUCUUUAUUUAUGUCUUCAUCAAAAUCAAAAUUAAAAUCAAAAUCAUCAUCAGGGGGAUUAAGCAGUAGUAGCGGCGGCGGUCGUUAUGAUAAGACCACUAGAUCUUCAGCUGCUGAAUCAGACAUUUCUUCUUUCUCAUCUACUACCCACCGAAACAACAACGCCAUAACAAUUACAAAGAAAUCGUCGAAAACGAAAUCGGCUAAUUUGAAUCUGACCGGUAUGGUUAACAAAUUAAUUAUGGAAAAGAAAUCUUCUUCUUCUUUAUCAAAAGCAUCAGCCAAAGGAAAGAGGGAAUUCACAGGGAAUGAUAUAACUAAUUAUAAAAAUAAUAAUAAUAUUGGUCUUGUUGGAUUAAUGCAUAAGAAGCUGUUUGGUGAUAAAAAGGCAUUGAUUAGUAAUAAUAAUAGUAGUAGGAGUUUGGGGAUGGUUUUAAAAAGUGAGAGGGAGCUUCUGAAUGUUAAUAAAGAACAGGAGGAACUUAUUAUCCAACUCAACUCUCUCCUUGUUCAGAAAAAUACUGAGAUUGAUAAGUUGAAAGAUCUGUGUUUGAAACAAAGGGAAGAGAUUAACUCAUUGAAAACUGCUAUUCUCUUCCCUCCUCAAGACCACCACCACCACCACCACAAGGAGUUGUCGUCUUCAUCGUCUUCUUCGUCUAUGUCUCUACAGAUGCAAGUUACUUCUCUCACCAACCAACUUCACUCCCUUGCGCACGAUCUCGCACAGGUGAAAGCGGACAAAUAUUCGGUUCAAGGAUCCUAUGAUGAUGGUCUUGUGACCUCUUCUAAUUUAACACAUGACCAGGAAGAAGCAUCCAACUCCCUGGAGUUUAGCACUACCCCUGGCAGUCCAGAUGACAUGUUCUUAAAUGAUUUAAAUCCUUGCUUAACACCUUAUGCCAAGUCUAAGUCUAAGGACUUUGGAUACAUUGAAUCCCAUUCUUCAUCAUACAACAGUACAAGGUGUCAUGAGGUUGGCUUUGGCUCUCAUGGUAGAAAGCUCUGAAAAAGUUUGGCCUAUCAACAAAAUGUCAAGUCAGACAAGAUACUUGGUUGCAAAUCAGAUCAAAACAAUUUCAUAUAUGGUAAAGCACAUCUGUUGUUAAAGAUAGUAUCAUUCUGGGACUAGUUUAACAUCCAUUCAAACUCUCUUAGCCUCCAGUUAAUGAAAUGUCAAAAAUUUAUGCUUUUCGCCUUUGUAUUUCGAAAACCUCCGCUCUUACAAGAGUGAUUGUAUCUCUUUCUAUAAUAAGAUGUUCAAAUACACUUGGUUUUCAUGCAACAUGA